UAAAUUAAAGCUGACAUCGACGGCACACAAAGUUCAAGACCCUAGCCCUCUGAUCUCGGAGAUCUAAUAGCUCUCAGUCUGUGAAUAUCGAAUGCUGCCGCCUCUCUCUUGUCAUGGCUAGCAUGUUCUUUUCGUCUAAACAAAGGGUAAGGAAAGAACAAAGACUCAACCCGUUGUUGAGGGGAUCGGGGUCGGCUACCUUCCGGCCUAAAAAGAAAUGGGAGAAAGGAUCAGUCAAACAUGACCUACACAAGAAAGCGAAGGCAACCCUCAACUCUGGACUGGAUCUGCGUCAAGCUGUGAAGCUUCCUGAUGAUGAGGACUACAAUGAUUGGCUGGCUGUGCAUGUUGUAGACUUUUUUAACCGUAUCAACAUUAUUUACGGGACAGUCUGCGAGUUCUGUACGGAUGAAACGUGUCCACACAUGUCCGGGGGUCCAAAGUUCGAGUACUACUGGGCGGACGAGGUGCAGAAGAAGCCACUUGCUCUAUCAGCUCCAGAUUACAUCACACGACUCAUGGAGUGGACUGAGAAGCAGAUCAACAACGAGCAUAUUUUCCCUAUGGAAGUGGGGACACCGUUUCCCAAGGCUUUCCUCCCGGUUUGCAAGAAGAUCUUCACGAGGCUUUACCGUGUCUUUGUUCAUGUCUAUAUACACCACUUUGAGAAAGUAGUCGCCAUUGGAGCAGAAGCACACGUGAACUCCUGCUACAAACAUUUCUACUUUUUUAUCACUGAGUUCAAUCUUGCAGAUUCCAAAGAAUUUGAGCCUCUGAAAGACCUGAACGAUCCUCUGCGUCUCUGACUGUUUUAUCUCCACACUAUAUACCUCACUUGAUCUGACACAUACAUUAGGGAUACGUAUCUAUGAUCUGGACUGUUGUAGUUACAAGUAGAGGAUAAUAAUUAUAUUAAUAGUUUUUAUUGUGUGUUUUUGUGAAACAAGAUGGAUGAAGUGUCAAUAACUGA